UGACAGUGUCAAAUGCAAAAACUCGAAACUUUAUUUUAUUGUUGAUGAAUGAAUAUUUGUAUUUUUAUGAUCUGCAUAAAAUCUCUAUUAUAAAGCGUAUAGAUAAUUUACUGAACUAUUCUAAAGAGUUGCAUCUUUUAAUAAAUUUCAAAUUGUUAUUCCUUUUUUACAUUUUUUCUGACCGGUAAAAUUUAACUCUUCAUUAUGGUGGGGCUAGAUGCCGAUAUGAAUAGAGACGAGGACUGUGAUAAUAUUGGCUUGGGAUGUGCACUAGAACAUUUCUCCGAAAUCGAGGAUGUCAUGAAUAUGAUAGAAAACGUAAAAAAUAUCUAUAACACGCCAUCUUUUGAAGUGGAAUAUGAUAAAUUAUACGGUAUACUGAAGCAGUAUUAUGAGCAGCCGCAUCUUCUCGAUCCGCAUUUGGAUAGAAUGUUGUCCAAGUUUAUGGAAAUGAUUAAAGACAAGUCAGCGCCGUCUGAAUUGAAACAUGCUGCUUUUAAUUAUAUGUAUCAAGUUAUACGAGUUCGGGGGUAUAAAGUGGUUGUGAGACAUCUGCCACAUGAGGUGUCUGAUCUUCUGACUGUUCUCACAUUCCUUGAAGAGCAAGAUCCAAAUGACAAAGAGACAUGGAGAGGCAGAUUUGUUUUACUGCUGUGGCUUUCAAUAGUUGUGAUUAUUCCAUUCCACAUGAGUCGUUUGGAUGGAUUUGCUCCAGACCAGCCAGGUGCAGGUACAUCAAAGAAGUUGACUGUUAUGGAAAGAAUCUUCAAUAUUUGUAAAACAUAUGCUAUGAGUAAAGAUACUUGUGCCGAAGCAAGUGCUUAUUUAGCAUCUAAGUUUCUGAUAAGGUCUGAUGUAAAAGAAUUAUACAUGGGUGCAUUUUUCAAUUGGGCUUGUGAUCUACAUUCCAAUCUUCAAGAUGAAGAUGUGAUCCACUAUGGAGUGUUGGCUGCAGUGGCUGCUGUACUAAAACAUGGAAAGAGAGAUGAUCUACUACCAUAUGCACCAAAACUGUUGGAAUGGGUCACAAAUCAAAACUACAAACAACACAAAGCUAUGUUGGUGCGCAAAUAUGGGGUGAAAAUUGUUCAGAGGAUUGGUUUAACAUUCCUACGUCCGCGGGUUGCGGCAUGGCGAUACACUCGUGGCUCUCGAUCUCUAGCCGUCACCCUCGGCGGUGUGGCUGCCGCUGGAGACACUGAGCCCAUCACAUCACCUCCUGAAGAUGACGAUCAGGAUAUACCGCAAGAAGUGGAGGACGUGGUGGAGCUGCUGCUGUGCUCGCUCCGCGACGACGACACGGUGGUGCGCUGGUCGGCCGCCAAGGGCGUGGGCCGCAUCGGCGCGCGCCUGCCCGCGCUGGCCGCCGCCGACGUGUGCGACAGCGUGCUCACGCUCUUCGCGGAGCACGAGCGCGACACGGCCUGGCACGGCGGCUGCAUGGCGCUCGCCGAGCUGGCGCGGCGCGGGCUGCUGUCGCCGCAGCAGCUGGGCGGCGCGGUGCGGUGCGCGGCGCGCGCGCUGGGCCGCGACGAGGCGCGCGCGGGCGGCGGCGCGGGCGGCGCGCGGGCGGCGCGCGACUCCGCCUGCCACGCCGCCUGGGCCUUCGCGCGCGCCUACGACGCGCACGCGCUGCAGCCGCACGCCACGCUCCUGGCCAACGCGCUCAUCGCCACGGCGUGCUUCGAUAGGGAGAUAAACUGCCGGCGCGCGGCGUCGGCCGCGUUCCAGGAGAACGUGGGGCGGCACGGCAUGUUCCCGCACGGCAUCGACGUGCUGACCACGGCCGACUUCCACGCGGUGGGCCCGCGCGCCGCCGCCUACCUGCUGGUGGCGCCGCGCGUGGCCGCGCUGCCGCCCUACACGCGCCCGCUCGUGGACCACCUGCUGCACCUCAAGGUGGACCACUGGGACCCCGCGCUGCGCGACCUCGCCGCCCGCGCGCUGGCCCGCCUCGCCGACAAGGUUCCCGAUUAUAUGGCAACGGAAGUGUUACCUGUAUUGAUAAAGAAAACCGAGUCAAUCGAUUUAAAUGUACGACACGGCGCAAUAUUGGCCAUUGGGGAAGUUAUCUUCGCACUGUCUCAAAUUGAAUUGCCUGAUGGCGGCGGCGCGGCGUCGGCGCUGGUGCGCGCGGAGGCGUGGGAGGCGGUGCGCGCGCUGGUGGGGCGGCUGCACGCGCGCCAGCAGUUCCGCGGGCUGGGCGGCGAGCUCAUGCGCCAGGCGUGCUGCCACUGCGUGGCGCGCCUCGCCGCCGCGCACGCGCCCUUCCACGCGCUGCCCACUGUCGAUGAAUGGUUAAACCUGAUCGAGGAGUGUCUCAGCCACGAAGUGCAAGCGAUCCGCGAAAAAGCAAUCGAGGCUUUGCCCCUUGUGUUCGAGGAGUAUCUUCAGGAUGACAAUCUAGUGUAUGACGGUGUGACGGCGAAGGAGAAACGCGAGCAAUUGGUUGAGAAAUAUUGCGAACAGCUGUCCAAUACUGGCGUCAAUGGAUUGGUGCUGAGAAUGGGAUAUGCAAGGGCUAUUGGCGCGCUGCCGCCGUUCGCGCUGGCGGCGCGCGCGGCGCUGGCGGUGCGCGCGCUGGCGGCGUGCAGCAGCGCGGCGGCGGGCCCGGCGCCGUGGGCGGAGGCGCGGCGCGACGCCGUGCGCGGGCUGGAGGCCGUGUGCCGCGCGCUGGGCGUGCGCGCGCUGGCGCCGCACCUGCCCGCCGUGCGCGCCGCGCUGCUGGCCGCGCUCGACGAGUACACGCUCGACAUGCGCGGCGACGUCGGCGCCUGGGUGCGCGAGGCCAGCAUGACCGGUCUGGCCACGCUGUGCCGGCUGUGCGCGGAGGCGGACGCGGCGGCGGCGGGCGGGGCGGCGCCGCUGAGCUGCGCGGCGGCGGUGCGCGCGGCGCUGUGCGGCGUGGCGCAGCAGGCCGUGGAGAAGAUCGACCGCACGCGCGCGCACGCCGGCCGCAUCUUCACCGCGCUGCUCUACAACGAUCCGCCGAUCCCCUACAUACCCGAGCACGAAGCGCUCAAGCGGAUCUUCCCCGCGGACGAGGUGGAAGUGGAGGCCCUGGCCGACGACGCACGCGGCUCCGGGUCCAGCACCGGGUUGACGGCUGGGAGUGGGGCCGGGGCCGGGGCCGGGGCCGGGGCCGGGGCGAGCGAGAGCUGCCACGUGGUGCUGUGGCUGUUCCCCGGGCACACGAUGCCGCGGUUCGUGCGACUGCUCGCGUUCCCCGCGUACCGCUACCACGUGGUCAAGGGGCUCGUCGUCAGCGCGGGCGAGCUCACCGAGAGCCUCGUGAAGCACACGACCCAGUCGCUAUUCUCAUAUCUGAAUUCGCUCCACGAGAACGAGCUGGAGACGCUCAGAGCCAUAUGCGAUACGAUUAUACAAGUGUUUGCGGAUAACUUGCACGUGAAGCGCAUCACUGGGCCUAUGUUCAACUUCCUCGAUCGACUGUUGAGUUCCGGUGCUAUAUCGCCAAUACUCGAGGACAAAGAUUCCACAUUCGCGAUGGACGUCCUCAAAUAUUUGCAGCUGGAGCUGAGGGGGGGCAAGAAUAUCUACAAGUUGUUGGAUUCCAUCAAUGUGCUGUGUCAAUUAAUUCAAGUGGGGGGCACGGUGAGCUCGCGUGCGCUGGGCCAGCUGGCGGUGCAGCUGUGCUACGGCGAGCGCUACGUGCGCCGCUGCGCCGCCGCCCGGCUCUACGAGGCGCUCUCGCUCUACGGCGACGUGAGCGGCCUGCCCGCGCACACGCUCGACCAGGUGAUGGCAAUCCUUGCGGACACGGACUGGGAGAGAGACGUCAACGAGCUGAGACCUAUACGGAAUGAAAUAUGUGAUCUCAUGGGCAUCAAACGGCCAGUCAUGAAGCAAAAAGCGCCCUAAUGUAUCGUGCAUUACAAGUGGUUUUAGCAUAUCGAAUAGAACACGAAGUUUACGAGAAGCAAAGAUUUGGUCGAUAUAUCUGAAAGUUGCUUGGACAAGCUUGUUUUUUAAAAAUGCUUUGUAUCGUUACAAUUCUUGCUUCAAUAUAUGAAAUGCAGUGUUUAUUGAUUACGCUAAACGUAAUUAUUUUAUAUUGCUUCAUUAACCAUGACUAGAUAUUAAUGAGCUUUAAUUAAACUAUGCGCAAAAUAGUAAUCAUUGUUUCUCAUUUUUGGUUCGAACAGUAUGACUUUAUUUUUUUUCACUUUAAAAGCGAUUCUUAUUUUUAUUUCUCACAUUAUAAUAAAUUAAAAUUUUUA